AUGAGCGGUAUAAUAUCAAAACCAACAGCUAGCUCAGAGAAAUUAAAAUGGCAAGCAAAAGCAGCAUUUAAUGAAGGCAAUUAUAAUUUAGCUGUAGAACUGUUUAGUUAUGCAUUGGAGCAAGUACCAAGAUAUGCUCCUUAUUUAACAAAUCGUGCUUUAUGUUAUUAUCGUUUAAAUGAUGCUGAUAAAGUUUUAAAAGAUGCUUCGGCAAGUAUUCAAGUUGAUCCAACAUGGACAAAAGGAUAUUUUUAUAAAGGAAAAGCAUUGGAAUUGUUAAAUCGUAAACAAGAAGCAAUAGAAUGUUAUCAAAAAUGUUGUCAAUUAGAACCAAAUCAAAAGGAAUAUAAUGAUGUUCUUCGACAAUGUGGUGGUAAAAUGGUAUCAACAACUAGACAGGUUGAUCAAGUUUCAAGUCAUGAUGUUUUAUGUGAUGUAUGUCGUUGUUGUCCAAUAAUUGGUGUUCGAUAUAAAUGUACAGUAUGUGACGAUUAUGAUUUAUGUUCUAAAUGUGUCAAUUCUAAUCCAAAUCAAAAAGGACAUAGAGAUACACAUCCAUUAAUACCAAUUAAACAACCUCAACAAUCUUCACAAAGAAUAUCUAAUUCAGUACCUCGACAGAUUGAUCUUUCCGUUGCUAUUCAUAGUUAUAAUAUUGUUUUAGUUGUUGAUGUAUCAUUAUCAAUGAUUGGUUAUGAGGCAAACAAUCGAAUAAAUCCUUCGAAAAAUCGAUGGCCUGCAACAGAACGUGGAAUAAUUAAAAUUGCUAAUCAAUUAGGUUUAAAAGAUCGUUUAACAUGUUUAGCAUUUAAUGCCAAAGUUUAUGAAGUUAUGGAUAGCGAAUCUGCUAAUGUUGCUAAAUUAAAAUUAGCCUUAGUAUUAUCUGCUUUAAAACCAAGUAUAGAUGAUGCUAAUGCUGGUACAGCAUUGUAUGAUGCUAUUGAUUCAACAUUUCAAUUUUUAUUAAGAAAUAAAUUUGCUGGAAUUCUAACUGGUGAUUCAAAUCGAAAUCAAAUUAUUUUAAUUACUGAUGGAGAAGAUUGUAGUUCAACGAAAUGUAAUUUAAAUCAAGCUUGUCAAAGAGUCAAACAGAUUUGUGAUGAUUUUGAAACUGAUAUGUUAUUAAUUGGCAUUGGACUUGAACUGCAAGGAAGACAAGCUAUGAAUCAAAUAAAACGAGCUGGUGGUGAAAGAUGUCAAUUUUUAGAUUUAACAACUUUAUCAGAAUUAGAUGAUAUUUUUGAUAGAAUUUCAUUUGUUUUCACUCAACGAACAACAGUUACUAAUGUUUAA